GGAGCGCAGCAGGGCGGGGCCGUCCCGGACACCUGGGUCCCAACCCAGCCCGUGCGCAGGGAGGCGGCCCCGGGGAGGCACCAGCCGCGGGGCGGGAAGUCGCCGCCCGGGCGGAGGAAGCGGCCGGAGCCGAGCCCGGCGAUGGCUGCAGCGGGGCCGGCGCAGCAGCUGCGGGUGGCGUUUGAGGACGUGGCUCUGUAUUUCAGCCGGGAGGAGUGGGAGCUCUUAUCCCGGCCAGAGAAGCAGCUGUACCGGGACCAGAUGCUGAGGAAUUACCAGGCUCUCGUUUCUUUGGGCUCUUCAGGUUCCAAACCGGACUUAAUCCACCGGAUCGAGCUAGGGGAGGCAGAGCUCUGGAUCCGGGAUGCCGAGGGCUCCAGGGUACACUCUAGGCCUGAGAGCCCCUCCUCAGCAGGGUACGGGAUCCUGGGGGGAACGCGGACACAGUCUGAAUGUGGGGAGAGCACGGUAGGAACACGGGAUCCCACAUCCCACAGAGGGAUCCAUGCACAGGACGCAGUCCAUCCCCGGGAUAAACUCAGCCAGAGACCAAAUCUGACUACACACCAGAGACUCCCCAUGGGCUGGUGUCUCCAUCAGUGCAUCGACUGCAGCAAGAGGUUCAGGAACCCCUUCGCACUGACACAGCACCGGCGCACGCACACUGGGGAGCGGCCGUACUGCUGCACUGACUGUGGCAAGAGCUUUGCAAAGAGCUCAGCCCUGAGAACACACCAGCGCAGGCACACCGGGGAACGGCCGUAUCGCUGCACACACUGUGGCAAGAGCUUUGCAGAGAGCUCAAAUCUGAGGAUACAUCAGCGCACACACACUGGGGAGCGGCCGCACCGCUGUGCUGACUGCGGAAAGGGGUUUGCACAGUUUGCACACCUGAAAAGACACCGGCGCACGCACACUGGGGAACUGCCAUACAACUGUACCAUCUGCGGCAAGGGCUUUGCCCAGAGCUCAAGCCUGAGAACACAUCAGUGCGCACACACCGGGGAGCGGCCGUACUGCUGCGCUGACUGCGGCAAGACCUUUGCAGAGAGCUCAACGCUGAGAAUACACCAGCGUAUGCACACCGGGGAGCGGCCUUAUCGCUGCACUGACUGCGGCAAGGGCUUUGCACAUAGCUCAACUCUGAGAAAACAUCAGCGCACGCACACCGGGGAGCAGCCUUACCACUGCAGUGACUGUGGCAAGAGCUUUGCAGAGAACUCAAAGCUGAGAAUACACCAGCGCGCACACACUGGGGAGCGGCCAUAUCGCUGCACUGACUGUGGCAAGAGCUUUGCAGAGAGCUCAAAGCUGAGAGUACACCGGCGCACACACACGGGGGAGCGGCCAUAUCGCUGUGCUGACUGUGGCAAGGGCUUUGCACAGUUUGCACACCUGCAAAGACACCAGCGCACGCACACUGGGGAACAGCCAUACAACUGUACCGACUGCGGCAAGGGCUUUGCCCAGAGCUCAAGGCUGAGAACACACCAGCGCACACACACCGGGGAGCGGCCUCACCGCUGCACCGACUGCGGCAAGGGUUUUGCACAGAGCUCAACCCUGAGAAUACACCAGCGCACGCACACCGGGGAGCGGCCCUACCACUGUGACGAUUGCAAGAAAAGCUUCAGCAAUGCCAGUACGCUGACCAGACAUCAGCGCACACACACCGGGGAGCAGCUCUACCGCUGUGCCAACUGUGGUAAGAGGUUCAGCAAUGCCAACAAGUUGACCCAGCUUCAGCGCAUAAUCUCAUACCUGAGAAGACAUCAGCGCAUGCACACCGGGGAACGGCCACACCGCUGUGCUGACUGCGGCAAGGGCUUUGAAUACAGCUCAAACCUGAGAGCGCACCAGCGCACGCACACCAGGGAGUGGCCGCACCGCUGUCACAGUUGCGGCAAGAGCUUCAGCAGCGCCACUGCCGUGACCAAACAUCAGAGCACGCACACCGGGGAGCGGCCAUUCUAAUGCACUCU